AUGUCAGCUGUCAAUGCCUCUGAUGCUGAGAUAUCCACUUUCUUCUUGAUUGGGAUCCCAGGUCUUGAGCACUUCCAUAUCUGGAUCUCAAUUCCUAUAUGUCUCAUGUACCUAAUUGCCAUCCUAGGCAACUGCACCAUCCUCUUCAUCAUCAAAACAGAGCCUUCACUCCAUGAGCCCAUGUACUAUUUCCUCUCUAUGUUGGCUGUAUCCGACCUGGGACUGUCCCUCUCCUCCUUGCCUACUAUGUUAAGGAUCUUCUUAUUCAAUGCCACAGGAAUCUCCCCCAAUGCCUGCUUUGCGCAAGAGUUCUUCAUCCAUGGCUUCACUGAUAUGGAAUCCUCAGUACUUUUGAUAAUGUCUUUUGAUCGUUUUUUAGCCAUCUGGAACCCAUUGAGAUACAGCUCUAUUCUGACUGGAGCCAGAGUCUCUAAAAUGGGACUGGUUUUUGUUAUUAAGAGCAUGCUUUUGGUGCUCCCAUUCCCUUUUACUUUAAAGAGGCUGACAUAUUGUAAGAAAAGUCUCUUGUCCCAUUCUUACUGCCUCCACCAGGAUGUUAUGAAGUUAGCCUGUUCUGAUAAUACUGUUAACUUUUUCUAUGGUUUCUUUGUUGCUCUCUGUAUGAUGUCUGACAGUGUAUUCAUAGCUAUAUCAUAUGUACUUAUACUAAAGACUGUGAUGGGCAUUGGUUCACACAGAGAACGGCUUAAGGCCCUCAACACCUGUGUUUCCCAUAUCUGUGCUGUUCUCAUCUUCUAUGUACCCAUCAUUACUUUAGCCUCUAUGCACCGCUUUGGAAAGAAGUCACCACUGGCACUGAUCCUCAUCGCUGAUGUCUUUCUGCUGGUACCACCUCUAAUGAAUCCUAUUGUGUAUUGUGUGAAGACCAGGCAAAUCAGGGAGAAAAUCCUGGGGAGGCUGGGCCUGAAGCAGAAAUGA